UUGACAGUUCUCGACUUCUACGUCUUCUUUUGCCCUCGGACUUACUGGACCGUCAUGGCUUGCCUUAAAUCUUUUUACAGGCCUCAUUGUAAAUCUCUUGAUUACAGUUUUCAUCUAAUAUAAUACAACUUUCAUAAUUUAUUCAACAAUCCAGCAGUAAUGAACACCUCUAAAACUGCGUUUCCUAUUUCACUCCUGUGUUUGAUAUGUUUAUUUAAUUUCGUUAAUGCAAGAGAUUGUUUACAAAUGUGUAUUAACAAACUACCCUCAUUUUCCGAACAUUCAGAGCUGGAAUCAAUGAGAAUCGUUACGACAAUCGAAACAGAUGAAAGAAUCGAAAAAACCGUUUGAAAUCAAUUUCGAAUCCAGCAAGUGGGGACGCCGCCGGUAGUAAAGAAUGACAAAGGAGAGCACUUUUGAAAAUGCGCGAAAAUGCUCUUAUGCAAGCAUUGCCUAGGUCGAAGAGAAACAGCAAAUCACAGCGAGUGGGACGGUCCCUGGAAAUAAAAAAGGCGCGCGUGUGAAAUUUGCCGUGAGUCGCGAGCGGUUGCGAUGUGGCAACAACGUCGCGUUAAGAUGUAGCGCCAUCGCGAGGGGAUGGGAAAUAAAGGGUUCGUCGAAGAUUUGACUUUUCGUAGCCGUCGAAUCGAUCGAGGAAACCGAAAUACAUGAGAUCUCGGCACGUGCCGCGGAAAUUGGAGAAACAGAUGAAGAGGAAACUGUCACGGGUGGAGACGCCGGUGACAGAAAAUCGCAUAUAACGUAAAAUACGAAAUUCAAAAUGGCCGCCGUCAGGUGUCUCCUGUCAAAAUGCCAUUGUGCUCGAACAACGACAACGAACACGAUUUAUAGGCAGUAGUGGUAACCCGAAGGGAGUCUCGGACCCCGGGAAAAUAAGAGUGAGCUAGUCGACGAGUCGAUUUCACCAGGUGUCGGAUUCACUUUGAAAUUUGGAGAUCGAGGCGACAAGCGCGACCUGAAGUGGGUCACUUGCGAGCGCAUCGGGGAGUGCGGAUGAACGCGGAGUCGACAGAAUCCAAUAUGGUGACUGAUGGAUUGAUCAACUGUUGUCGGUCGUCGAAACUCGUAGGGAUGUUUAGUAAUAUCGGCGUCGACUUCGGAGGUGAUCGGUGGUGAGGUGAAGUUAUGGACUUGAGGUGAUCUCGAGCCGUCCUAAGGCCAGAGAGAGGAAUCAUGUGCGAUGUGUGCGCCGACUUUCACGACCUUCUGCUCUCUUACGAGGAACGCGCCUCCAAGGAGCAAAAUGAGUUGGCCGCCCUCUUCGUAGUAGAUGUGGAGACGAUACUUCACUAUGUUAAUCAGUGGGUACAAAGGCAAUGUAUGUGCUGCUAUCGGGAGGUUAAGAACUUCGACCGAUUUAUAAGACUGACACAAAGUAUCGUUCUUUGCACGUUGCAACAACUUCAAGCCAUACAUCAAAAUGGCCAAUGUGUCGAAGAUGAAACCGACACGGCUAACGAGCACCGGCAUGAAAAGGAGAAAACGGAAAAAGAAAAGUUGAUGAAUGUAAAUCAUGUAAUUCCUGAAUCUUGGAGGAAGUAUACAUGGUCUCAACAGGAUAGAGAAAAAUUGUUUCACCUCCUAUCCAAGAUUUUUUUAUUGAACUUUCCAUUAUACAUUGCAAUGAAGCAUGGUGGAGUAAUAAAUCCUUUAGCUCCGAUCAAGGAUGAAGGUGGUUACUGCGAACCUCAUGAUCCAGAGGUGCCGGCACCUAUGAUCCGUGCAGUUUCAAUAUUUUGUCAUCAAGGUGGUUUCGAUUUGAUGUCCGCAUGCUUCGAUAUGAAAGAACCCCUACCUGUUGGUCUAGCUCAUUCUAUAGUUGCUGUCAUAUGUAAUUUGAAACUAUGGUUGAAUUAUGGUAGCGUCAUCCAGUUAUUUGUACCUCUGCGUAGUCGUGUUAUGAAAUAUAUGUGUCGUCUUGGGGAUAAAGAACUCCGUACCCCAGCUGUGAGAACUAUGGCAGAUUUUAUGUGGAGUGCUGCAAAGGAUCCAAUAGACGCAGUACUCCCAACGUUCGAUCGAGAUGGAUUAGAUUUGGCAUUUAAAUAUUUUACCAGUACGACAUUGACGAUGCGACUGGCAGGCAUAGCUCAAAUAAAUGCGCACAUCACGGCAUUCAACGAGCUGUGUAACAGUGAGACUGUAGCAGAAAUUGAGCAGGUCGGCCAUGCAUUAGCGGCGUGGCUCACAGAGAAUAACAUCAUCGCUCAUAUAUUUGGACCAAAUUUACACGUAGAAGUAAUUAAACAAAGCCACAUAGUACUAAGUUUCCUUGCAAUGGAGGGUAGAAUCUCGUCUUCGGACAUGGACACAAUGUGGCAGGCAGCACAGUUGAAGCAUUGCGGUCGCCCUGUGUACGAUUUGCUUGCCCCUUUAGUGAAACACUUGGCACCCACUCCUGUACUCCACUUGUAUUCGUUGCUGGGUAAGCUCGAACCCAAGGAUCAUACGGAACAAAGUCUAUUUUUGGCAUCCGCUUUGAUAAAAUUUAUUUGGACCUCGGGUGGCUCGGGAUAUCCGAGAGGAUUGUCCGCAAAAGGUAGAGAAGCUUUAAAAAAUUCCGGAGAAAUGGGAGGUACCAGUAGCAGCGAUCCAAGUGGGAUGGACGGAAGUAGCCCCGAAGAGGACGAAGAGGAACCUAGUCCGGCACCAUCCGAAGGGCCAUCGCCAAGAAAGCAGGCACGUGGUGACAGCAGCGAUUGCGAGGUUAACUUCAAAAUGAAGGGCUUGGAAAGUACAUCUCCUGGAGCUAAUUUUGUAAAAGUAGAGGAGCUGCCUCUGGCUAACGUGGAUCAAAAUUCCGACAUGUCGAAGAGUUCGGCCUUGAAGGGUGCGACCGAGGGAGUGACUAUUACCGAGGAAAAGUUCGAUGGUACGUGCGUCGCAAAAGACAAGCAAAGUGGCACCGACGCCGAGGCAGACACCGAAAAGUCGAAUACCGAAGAAACCGUGACGCAGGAGAAAAAGAAGAGGAAAGUUUUUCGAAAAAGAAAGAAGCCGCAGAAACGCUCCGCCUUUUCCGAGAAGGCACUGGAUUAUAUCGUGAGGGACGAAUCCAAUCGACCGUUACGGAAAGAUUUACCAUCCGGUAAAGUUGACAAUGCCUUCGAGCCCGUGAUGCUGAAUACUGCCGGUGGACAGAGAAGUCCCACGGACAAGAUAUUCGCUUUGGCGGACGUUUCGGCGUGCGAGCUGGAGACACCGACGUUCGAAAAUACAACACCGGAGUCUCAGUUGACAUUAGCGGACGACAAAGAAGUUAUUUUGACCCAAGUAUCGGAUAGCAGCCUGGAACCGGAUGAAGUCAGCACGGCGCUAGACGUCCGGAGGACGUUGAAAAUAAAGAAAUUAUUAUUUAAUAGCAUGAAUAGAUUAGCAGGCACUUCGGAGAGUACUCUGGAGACUGCCGCGUUUAGUAGAUCAUUGGACCGCCAGCGAGGUGCAAAAAUGAUGGACUUACCUAUCGACAAUAUGACAAGAUUGGCCGACGUGUCGGAGAGGGUCAUGGAGCCUGCGGUACUCAACAUGAUGCUGGAGGUACAGCAAACCCCAAAGAACGUAGGGCUGUCCAUCGACAAGAUGAGUAUACUGGCAGAUGUGUCGAACAGCAGAUUGGAGCCGAGAAUAUUCAGCGCUGCUCUGGAGGCCCAACAUGCUCGAAAGAGUGCGGAGUUACCUGUUGGCAAGUCAAACAUCUUGGCAGAGGUAUCGGACAGCAGCCUCGAACCGGCUGUACUGAAUACAACCGCGAACUCGGAGUACAGUCGAAAGGAACGCGAUAAAUCUAGGUUGGAUAACAUUUCAGAGAGUACUCUGGAGUCGGUUGGACUCAACGUGGCGCAGAAAUCCACGAAGAGAAUGGACCUUCCGAUGGAUAAGGCGAGUCGACUGGCCCUCGCUUCGGAGCCGGGGACGUCUCUGGAAGACCGCGGCGCGGAGACAACCGACGAAGCAACUCUCGAGUCACAGAAGGGUGCCGAGACCCUCGACAGGGUGAAACAUCAGGCCAUGGAGAUGGAGCCUAGCGAUCAGGAAGUACCCACCACUGCGGCACUGUUAAGGGGAGUAAAUAAAGCCAGCAAGUACGUAUCACUGGUAGGACAUAGCGUAGACAGAGUGCCUAAUUCCGCGGAUAGUUCCCACGACGAGGACGACAGCGACGUGACGGGCAUUGUCGGUCCAUCGGGAGGAACGGGGACCGUCAUGUCCGAGCUGACCGGGUUGGUACACGCGACGGGUCCCCGAUUUCUACCUUCGGGACUUGACGACAUGCUGUCGGAUGAAGAAGGGUCUUACAGCAGUAGAAUAUCGAACAAGAGCGAGAAGAAUAUGGCGGACUUCGACGGGGAGGAGAGUGGCUGCGAGGAGGAGCUGGCACAACUGGCUGCGAGGCAUCUAACGGCGAUUCAGAUGCAGGCCUAUCACCCACACAAUUCUCAUCCAACGAUGACCAUCGGCAGAUCCGUCUGCAGAGCCCCUCAAGUGCGGACCAUACGGCAAACGGUGGCGAGGCUCAGUUCCCAGUUUAACCUGGAGACAGUUUGUAAGCCAGGUAAUACCCUUUUGUGGGAUCUCCUCCAGGACGACAAGAUCGGCCAGCUUGGCGAGGGCUUGGCCCUGGAAGCCGAAAAGGCCCUCUGCAACUUGCUUUGCUUCAACGUCGAGAGGCUGAUACCCAUGAAGUUUAUCGAGGGGUGCCUGGAAAAUCUGGCAGCGAAUCGCUCCGUAGUGGUGUCGCUUCGACUACUUCCAAAAUUACUGGCCAGUUUCCAGCAGUUCGGUACGAUGGAUGCCCACGCAAUUACGACCUGGGCCGACCGAGAGAGGAACAUGAUGAAGCAUUUCUUCAAUAAUCUGAAGACCUAUGCGGCCACCGGACCGAAGACGAACCUGUACUCGCAUCAAACGGAGGUUCAAGUCAGAUUGCAAUUCCUCUCUUCGAUUUUCUCCCCUCUGGGCUCACCGGAUUGUUUCAGGCUGAGUCUGGAGCAAGUAGACAUACUCUGGCAGUGCCUGUCUCAAGACAGCACCUGCGCCGAUGAGCUCUUCAGCUGGUUAUUGAGUCAAGCCAAGUCCACGGAACAACACGCGCUGGGUAUGGACACCCUGAAGCACCUGUGCAUGCGCAAGCUCCCCAGCCUCCCCCCGGAAGCCGUAAGCAUGACAGGCCUCAGUCUCUUUCAACAACUCUGCAACCUGGCGAGAUUAGCUGCAGCUCAUCUGGACAGGCCUCUGCGAGACGUGGACUCGGUCGGCAUGGACUUCCUCUGGCGGAUAGCUUUGAAGGCGAAGAGCACGGACGUUAGCAUGGCGGCGAUACAGUAUCUGAACGGCUAUUACAUGUCGCGGCAAUUAACGCAAGAAGCCGAAUUCGUGUCCCAGUGUAUGACUCACCUGGCUGCGGCCAGCGCAGACCUGGAGAUUAACGAGGAGGCCAGUCUGCGGUGCAUCCAGCGAGCUUUGCUUUUGCUGAGGACUCACCUGGAGGCAUUCAGGAAGCGAUACGCUUACCACUUGAGGCGCUGGGCAUUGGAAGGUCGUGGGACCGACAGUCACAUCGCCAUGAGCGGCUCCGAGAGGGGCCAGCAACUAAGAAUCUACGUCCAGCCGGCAGGUAUUCCCGACAAGACUAGUUUCACCCUGCUGAGUACAGACUACGUAGCCGACUUGAGAGCGGAGGUAGCCAAGUGGUGGGAUGAUAUGCAGAACGAGCAGGAAAAGAAUCCGUCGUCCUCGGUGACGUCGGCCUCGGUCAACAACGGAGGCUCGGUGCUAGGUUCUCUCCUCAGCGACGGUCCGAUUAGAAUGAUAACGCAGGGGCAAGAGCUGACCAUUGACUUCGACGAGAAGACCCUUCAAGAGAUGGGCUUCAAGGACGGCCAGCUGGUGUUCAUCUCCCUAGGCGCGGGUAGGGGUACGGGGAGCGGAAGGUCCGGGAAAAGGGACUUGGAGUCGCCGUCUUUGCUGCCUCCACCGUCUAGAGAUUCCUUGCCGACUCUUCUUCUGCUAAGGCCUCAGUACUUCGAGCAGCUGUUCACCUUGAUGAGGACCCUGAGCGCCAUGAAGACGACCGUUAAAGGCGGUCAGGAGAUACCCCACACGAAGGCCCAAGUGCUGUCCAGGAGGGUCUGGGACACCUUGACUCUGCUUCCCACCAGCCCGACCCUCUUGCGAGGCUUCCAGAAGCUGGAGGAGGCUUCGCUUCCCGAACUGCUGGACCCCGCCAGUCCGCAGAAGCUGAUGUAUUCCCUGUAUAUCGUCGAGUCUUUAAGCAAACGAGGACCCCCGUCUAGACCCGCACCCACCAGUUCCAGCACAGCAACCCCCGUCCACGAAGGAGGUGGUGGCGACGCCGACGAUAAUCAAGACGACAGGGAAAAGGAGACCAGCUGGUCCACGCAGUUCGUCCAACACGGAGGACUCAGGCAUUUGUUCGACAUCUUCAUGUCCGGGUGUCUUGAGCGAGGGGACGGCAGCGAGUGGCAACAGGAUUGCCUCGCCAGUCUGCUGAAACAACUGUGUCAUUUGGGCGUCGUCAGAGAGGAGAGGAAAAGAGGCAAGCCGGACAAGCUGCUGGUGCCCAGACUGAGCGAGGCGAUGUUGGCGAUGAUGGACAUGGAGACGGUGAUGCCCAGACUGACCAACAUCCUGAUAGAAGCUUCCCUGCCUAGGGACCCUAAUCACUAUAAGACCGGCCUCUUUGGGAGGUCCCAGGUGAUCCAUUACGCGAUGGCGUUGCUGGUCUGCUGGGUUCACAGCGACCUCGGGGUCCGGCACUCCUUGUUCUCGUCGACCGAACCCUUCGGGAAGACCUGGCUUCGCCGGCUCGUCCUGGAGGAUCCUGAGCCCGCCGUGAGGAGAGAGGUUUGUACCGCCUUGUACAGACUCUGCUUAGGAAUCACCGGCACCGAGGACGAAAAUGCCGACACGUCCAACUUGAUCGUUCCUAUCCUGAACACUCUGUUGGAGCAUCUCGCGAUCGCCGAGACCAUGCUGCCUUCUCCUCGUAAGCCGGACCUUCCUCUGCAUCUGCACCCUGUCCUGGACGACGGCAAGGAGCCUUACGGACCGGCGUGUCGGGACUACUUCUGGCUGGUCUGUCGCCUGGUGGACUCUUUGCCCGACGACGUCAUUCGGGAAGAGGGCUCCGACGAAUCCUCGGGUGCUAUCAUAGACCUUGAAGCAUUGGCACACAGAGCCAUUGAUUCCGCCUUGAGCAGGGAACACCUGGAGACCAGACACAAUACGGUCGAGGACGACGGCCUCGUCGGCUUGCUGAACCUGAUCUGCAACAUCAUGACUCAUAAUCCUUCCUGCAAGCAGGACAAGAUCGGGCAGAACCUGCUCUGCGAGGUCUUUGACUUCUUGUUCGCCCUGCCGAGUCCGAAGACGAAGCACGUGCCGAAGUGCAAGAGCCAGGCGUCCAGGUCGGCUGCAUUCGAUUUAUUGGUGGAGCUGGUUAAAGCCGCGCCCAAUAAUUACAAGAUCUUGCACGAGAAGCUGUUGGCUCAGCACAGGCCUGGAAGACACUCACCGUAUCCUUGGGAUUACUGGCCUCACGAGGACGGACGUUCCGACUGCGGAUACGUUGGCUUGACGAACCUUGGGGCCACCUGCUACAUGGCUAGCUGUAUGCAACACCUGUACAUGAUGCCACAGGCUCGGGUCUCGAUUCUCGGUGCCGACUGUAACCGAGCGAACAAGCACCAGCUGACUCUGCGGGAGUUGCAGAGGAUGUUCGCGUACCUCCUGGAGUCAGAGAGGAAGGCGUACAACCCGCGCAGCUUCUGCAGGGUCUACACAAUGAACCACGAGCCUCUCAACACUGGCGAGCAAAAGGACAUGGCCGAGUUCUUCAUCGACCUGGUCUCCAAGCUCGAGGAGAUGACCUCCGACCUGAAGAACCUGGUGAAGACGCUCUUUUGCGGGGUGAUAUCCAACAACGUCGUGUCCUUGGAUUGCGAGCACGUCAGCAGGACUCUGGAGGAGUUCUACACGGUGCGCUGUCAGGUGGCCGACAUGAGGAACCUUUACGAGAGCCUCGACGAAGUGACCGUCAAGGACACUCUCGAGGGUGACAAUAUGUACACCUGCUCCCAGUGCGGGAAGAAGGCCCGCGCCGAGAAGAGGGCCUGCUUCAAGAAACUCCCUCACAUCUUGUGCUUCAAUACCAUGAGGUACACCUUCAACAUGGGCACUAUGCUGAAGGAGAAGGUCAAUACGCACUUCAGUUUCCCCCUGAGGCUCGACAUGUCGGGGUACGUCGAGAAGAAGCUGAUGCCCCAGCAGUAUCAGGACGAGAAGAAGAAAGCCCUGGAGAAGAGAAGCGAGGCCGAGGGCUCGGGAGACUUUGGCCUCGACGAGGAGGAGAUGGAGCACUACCUCUACGACCUGAUCGGCGUCACCGUCCACACCGGGACCGCCGACGGGGGUCACUAUUACAGCUUCAUCCGGGACCGCACGUCCCUCAACAAGGACAAGUGGUUCCUCUUCAACGACGCCGAGGUCAAGCCCUUCGACCCGAACCAGAUCGCCGCGGAGUGCUUCGGUGGAGAAAUGACGAGCAAGACCUACGACUCGGUCACCGACAAGUUCAUGGACUUCAGCUUCGAGAAGACGAACUCGGCCUACAUGCUCUUCUACGAGUGGUGCACCGAUCCCGUCGAUCCUUCCAAGGACGAGGAGGCCACCGUCUCGAGUCCUCGCGCCCCGGACACUCCUACGUCCUCUCAACAGCAAUGCAACCCGAGGACCGACAAGCCCCUGCCCCUCGAGCUCAACAAGGAGCUCGAGGACUGGAUCUGGCAGGACAACAUGCACUUCCUGCAGGACAAAAAUAUUUUCGAGCACACCUACUUCAGCUUCAUGUGGCAGAUCUGCGGUUACAUACCUCACACCAUGCAGCCGGACAUCACGGAGAUGUCGGCCGAGCUUUCGACGUCCUUCUUCAUGGAGACGUUCAUCCACGCCAAGGAGAAGCCCACCAUGGUCCAGUGGGUCGAGCUGCUGACGAAACAGUUCAACGGAUCCGCGGGAGCCUGCGCCAGGUUUCUCGAGAGGAUGGCGGCCGAUUCCUGGUGGCCUAUCCAGAUCCUGGUCAAGUGUCCCAAUCAGAUGGUCAGACAAAUGUUCCAGAGGCUAUGUAUCCACGUUAUUCAGAGACUGAGGGCCACCCAGGCACCUCUGUACCUUGCCUGCGACCCCGACAGCGACCCCACCACCGUUGGUACCAGGUCCUGUGUCACCAGAUACGUUCGGAUGCUGCUCUCCCUCAUGGAGCACGCCAAGCAACACCUUAAACACCUCACGGAGUACUUCAGCUUUCUCUACGAGUUCAGCAAGAUGGGGGAGGAGGAGACGCUCUUCCUGAUCCAGGUGCAGGCGAUCUCCACGAUGGUGAAUUUUUACCUUGGACAUAAGACCCACGAGUACGUCGAUGCGGUCAGCGAGGAGGAAGAGGAAGAGGAGGUCGUCACACUGGCCGCGGAGAAGCUGAGGCCCGCCUCGCUUGAUAAGAUGAUAACGCUCAUUGCUACCUUGGUGGAACGUAGCAGAGGACCCGAUCACAGGCUAACGCUGUCGCCGGCAGACUUGAACGCCGUUGCUGGCGGAAAAGGCUUCCCAUUCCUGUACCAACAGACUAGGGACACCAUCAAUUUGAACCAGACUCGCAACUUGAUACAGUCGCUCUGUCGCUGGAACGACCGACUGGCGAUACACAUCGUUACGAUGAUAUUCCAGGCGAUAACGAAGCACACGGACGUCUGUCAGCCGUUCUUUAAAUUGUUGACGCUUUUGACGGAGGGCUCUGGGCCCAGUGGACUGCCUUGCAUGACCCAGCUGAUCUUGGGUAGAGUCUGGGAAGCUGCGAGGGUCGCACCUCACGGAGCCCUCGAAUGGCUCGCCCUUGCUGUCACUAGGAGCAAGCUGGCUCAUGCCUGGGUACUCCAAGGACUGGACACGUGGCUGCAACAUUUCCUUUUGGAGCAUACCAACCAAAGGGUGCGAUCCGCCGCUGCUUUUCUUCUGGUCUCUCUGGUUCCGUCUACGCAAUUCCGCCAGGGGUACAGAAACGCUCACCGGCUAGGAUUGGGAUGCAACCCCACGAGGGAGUUGCAGCUCUCGUCCGAGGCCACUUUGAUCCUCCACCAGAUCUACACCGCUCUUCUGAGACUUCUGCAACCUGCCAGGCACUAUAUCGACAUUCAGACUCAUGGGACGAUGAAACUUACCGCGUACUUUGCACUUCUUACGUACUGUGUUGUUUCGAAGACUGAAAAGUUGAUGUUCGGACAAUAUUUAAACGAUCUGUGGACCCUGUUUCAUCCGAAACUAUCGGAGCCGAGUAUCCCGGUCCAUCAUAAUAAGCAAGCUGUUCUGCUUUUCUGGUACCACGUCUGCUCCGACUGUCCAGAGAAUGUCGCCACGAUACUGCACAAUCCGCACAUCACCAAGAACAUUGCAUUUAAUUAUAUACUAGCCGAUCACGAGGAUCAGGAUGUCGUUUUAUUUAAUAGGGUAAUGUUGCCCGCCUAUUACGGGCUUCUAAGGCUAUGUUGUCAGCAGUCCCGAGGGUUCACGAGACAACUGGCUGCGCAUCAAAAUAUCCAGUGGGCCUUUAAAAAUAUCACCCCGCACCCCACGCAGUACUCGACGGCGGUCGACGAGUUGUUCAAGUUGAUGCAAUUGCUGGUCGCGAGGCACCCGGAUCAAACCGAGCAGGAGGAAGCGGAAAUCGCGUCCUUCCGAAGAGGAACUCUAUCCUCGUACCUGCAAGGUUUAGACGGUCGUUCCUGUUGGGCGACCUUAAUUUCGGCCUUCAGAAUCCUAAUAGAGUCCGACGACGAUCGGCUCUACGUGGUUUAUAAUGGAGGCCUGAGCAUGGCCUUGGAGGCAUUUCACAUGCUGCACGUAAUGUACCACGAGGCAACGGCCUGCCACGUGGCGGGCGACCUGGCGGAGCUGAUAGCCAUAAUCGUCGAGCUGGUCCGCUGCAUCAGGACUGCCCGGGACGGGCCGGACGCGAGGAGCAUCCUUGCGAAUUGCAAAGAGUGGCCGGACGUUCUCCGGAAACUGGCCACUCUUUUGAACACGUACAAUCCGCCGGAUAUGCGGAACCUCGCGAUAGACUUAUUGAAGGAGCUGGUGAUGCUGGUCCCCGCCGAGGCGAUCCUGAUCUUGGCUCCCUUGCUCUCGCACUGCCACGCCGCCUUGCAGGAGUCGCAUGCGGCUGUUCCCCCGGGACCGUAUUUGCCGAGGAGGACCGCGCCGGGAAAAAUGGCCUCCAGGCCAGCUAGGCCGAUGGUGCAGAUGGCGGUUCCGCAUUCUCAGCUCGAGGCAUCGAAGGGCGUCGAUCCGGAAUACGACAGUGCCCUGCUCGAGUUCUAUUUGCCUUAUCAUGAACUGAUCGACGUCAUGUGCAGGCUGGCUAUCAACAACGACUGCAUGACGGAUACGCUGGUUAAUUUGAGCGCCAUGCUAGGAUUCGAGGGAGUGCCCUUGCACUUGGCGCUAUUUCCGAGACUCUGGCUGGACGUCCACGCGGCAACCCACAUCGACAGGAAGCACAUAGCCGCCCUUUUGUGCUCGUCGUAUACGGUAGACUACGUGGACGCGGUGCUCCUGGACGAGAGGUCGUCGUUGGGGGUGCCGGCGAUACACGCCUUCUUGAAGACGUUCUUCCCGAAGCUGGCGAGCCACGUGCUGACCGAGCAGACCUGCUCGCUGAUCGACAACCUGGUGAGCUCGCUGACGGCGAUGGUCGAGGCGGUCGAUCCGCAGGCCUCGGCGCACAGGUUAACGGGAGACCUGCGCGCUCUGGCUCUCGUCUACAGCAGCGGCACCAGGCUCAAUCCUCCGGUCAGCCUGCAGUCGGCUCUGGAGACGUUGCUCUCGCGAACCAAGGCCGCCAGGAUGAAGGAGGCGAGCCAACGGGAGGCCGGAGCGCCCUCGAAGAAGCGGAAGUUCAACCCCGGCGAGGAGGGCGAACGCGAGGGGAAGAAGGUCCCUCCGGAGACGGAGGAGACCGACGAGCGGAAGCGGUUCUCGUUGAUGGACGUCGAGAGCAAGGCCAGGACCGGGAAGAAGGACGACGCCAAGUCCGUCGACUCCGGCGAGGACGAGGCCGAGGACGAGGCCAAGACGACUGCCGGGAACUCGUCCGCGAUACCUCCUAACCCGAUCACCGCCUCCACGGCCAGCGGACGCCCCGACGACCAGCUCCGCUGCACCCUGACCAACGUCUCUUGGCUCGAGAUGCUGGAGAAGACCAUCGUCAACCUGCAGAUGAUAGUGCAAUUGCAAAUCAAGAAUAAUUAAGGGACCUCCCGAACCCUGAACGGCGAUUAUAGACCCCUUCAAGCCCCGGUCGACCCUGGGAACGCGGUUCGACUUGGAGUGCUCGCGGUCGCAUCGGCUCUCGUCGACCACCACCGGCUGGAGCUUACUUAAACGGAAACGCGUUUCGGCCGAUCAUUUCGAAUGGUUCUUGGUCGACCGAUUCGCAAUUGGAAAGUAGGUAGUCCGACGCUCGGCAGGCCUCUACCUUACCGACGCCGGUCUGGCAGGCUACUCGGUGUUCACGUCGAGAAAUGGCGAUGAAAACUCUCCGGAGAAGCUGCGCUGGAGGGCCUCCAAUCUUGCCGGCAACUCCAAGACGUACCACAACGAGAUACCGAAGGCUCGGCGUAGCCAACGCUCGCCGCUUGGCCGUUAGUCGUAAAUUUUUUCAAUAUUAUGCCCGCGUAGAUGCGUCGAGGGGGGGCAGCUCUCGGCGAUUGUGUAAAAAGUGUGCGCGGAUGGAUAUCAAUUGUCUCGUUGCCUCGAGCGAGCCUCUUGUCUGCCAAUAGUCGUGCUGCGCUGUCGUCCCGCUUUUGGCAUCCGCGAAUUACGUCUCACCUGAUUCCCGAGGUCAGCGUGUUUUUAUCCAAUGAACACUUUUACCGUGAGCGAAGAUGACAAGUGCGUGGAUUAUUACUUGACAAGUCGGAAAUGAACUCACUCGGAUCGGCAUGGACUAAGAGAAGACACCGAACAGCUACGACUUGUAGGAUGCGAUUAGGAAUUUCGUGGGGGAAAAAAAUAAAAAAGAAAAUGCGAGCGCCUUUGCGAAACCCGAUGUGUCAUGUAGGUACUUCUAUUUUGUUAGUCAAUAGCCGAAAACGACUUUCAUCCGAGUUAAACUCCGGUUCGAGACGCCAUUUUAGGUAAUCGGGAACCCUUUUUUUUUCUUCUCUUUUCUAAGCGGAUAAAAAAAACACUAAUCGGUUUAAUCGGUCUUAUAACAAUCCUAGGUGAUGACGCGUCUGCUAUAAGCAGGACAAAUCGUGCAUGAUUAAAAUUUGACUUGCACUCGGAUAUUUAGACAAUUGGUCUUGUGCAAGCGUGAGGACAUCGCUCUCCUCUUCCGUCGUUAUGGAAGCUUCGUUUUGGAAUACCCGACUAGCAAUGCAGGACUACGGUAAUGAUACACGGGCUUCGGUUAUCGAGCACUGGCAUCGCACGAUUAGAACGUAUAAUUGUUAGAUACAGGUUGCAGCUGCUCUCGCCUUCUCUCCUAAGGAAGGUGGAAAAUCGAGUAAGAAUUUUAUCUGGUAAACGGCUGACCGUCGCGUCCCAAUAAGUCUCGGUUUAUUAUGGAAGUAUUCACGCGGCCAUAUCAAUUGUGAACCUUCCCUCCUUGGUCCGCGUAUUCCGCGACAUUCGUUCAAAAUCCGCUUCGUUGCGCCUUUCGUGAAUACGCAGAUUCGUCGCACUGUUACGCUGGGUAUAAAGGACGCAGAGAGGAAAUAUACACAUUUGGUUUUCACGUCUCUUUCUCUCUCUCUAUAUAUAUAUACAUACAUAUAUUAUGUUUCGAUUUUUUAUUUAACGAAGCGUUAGAGGAGUAGAGUGCAAAUCAUCCUAACGACGAUCUUUGGCGCGUUUUCUUGUCCUUGUCGUCCCCGAUGCGUGUAUCAUUAAUGGCUUACGCAAUAUCGUAUGUACAUUACAUCAUGUUGCAUCACACGCUCUCUCGGGUCCUGGCUAUCGGUUUGCCUUGCGCGUUUUUAUUGUGUGUCGACUUGAAGCUACGUGGCCGUGUUUUCUUUUUUUUUCUCUGCUUCUGGUUGGAUCUAAUUGAGGUUCUGACAUUUUGAUAGGGCUCAAGCUUUAAGCCAGCUUCGCUUAUCGCGACGCAAAGUAAUGAUUGUAUACGGUUUCGUUGCUGCGCGACUGUGUCUCACUUUUGACGCCUAGCCGAGCAUUGCGGAACAAAUGAACGAAGGUUCGGUGGUUUUUUAACGAAGGCCCUAUUCGUGUAUGUGUACGUAUACUUGUACGAUACUCCGCUCUGUACAGCUGAUUUCGUUCUUACGCGGCGCAGCCUUGAUUCGCACUCUUGAAAUUUCCGAGCCUGGUAUUUCUGGGCUCCUUUGAACGGCACUGAAAUCGAACUCGCAUCCUUCAUUUGAUUUCCUGCCGUAUGUAUCGUGCGAAUCGCUUUGAUCUCUUGGCUCGAACGAUCCGAGGAAUACGCAAAUCGCACGCUACCACCACGACAUCGUCCAAGUACUCGUUAUCAUUAAAGUGUAUAGUUUUCGAGCGAGAUUAAAUAAACCCCCAUGAUUUUAAA